UUUGAUAAAUAAAGUGCUUCCAGGAAUAACUUCCUUUAAGAAGAAAGAAAGAAAUAUAAUUAGACUCUAAAAACACUCUGAUUUAAUAACUCGGCGGAUUUCUGCAUCAGGAAAAGAUGAACAGCGUUGCUUCUUUCCUGUCCGGUUAUAUUCGUCAGCUGAUUUGCGAAUCUUUUGAAAAGCUUGAAGGUGCUGGAAUUAACGCGAUGAAUUCGAAAACGUCUGACUGUGGUUUUACAGCGGGUGGUUAUUUGCAAUGGGAAAAAAUUGGGACAGUUCUUGGGCAAGAUAUAAUAAACGAUCAUGCCAACUGCGAUUAUCAUGAUGCUGUGACAAGGUUACAUCCAGUUUGUUGUGCUGUCCACCAUGAGCUUAUCAGUCUACAGCCACAUGAAUUUGAAACACAAUACAUGCCUAGUCUUCUUUGGACUGGAUGUGAAAGGAGAUUUAUAGAGUGCUUCGCACUUCUCAAAUCUUCAAACACUGCUGAUUACAACUUGUGCCUGCUAUUGUUGACGUCUUCCUUGGAGCAUGCACUGGGUGAUGUGUAUUUGUCAUACUCUUGUGCUCCCCAGUGUCCAUCUCUACUUAAAGACUUGUUAGCAACACAAGAGCUGAAAGAAGUGUUUGGUGAAACAGUGAUAAGGCUUUUACACAUCUUAAUUGGCCCUCCCUCAAGCCUAAACCUUAGGAAUAUUUUGUGGCAUGGCUUUGCAGGACCUGGAGAAGUUCCUAUUCAGUAUGCCUCACUGCUGCUGGUGAUUACUGCCUCACUGAAUGUCAAGUUAAAAGACCCUCCAUUUUGUUCAAGACCGAUUAAGAGGAGACCUUCAAUUGCCUUGUCAACUUGUGCUGACAAUAAACUUCACAGUAUUUUUCCUGCUUUAGAACCAUGUAACAUGACUGAGAUAUUCAAUUUACUUAAUUCAAGUUUCUUUAUCAUUCCAAAUAUGCUUCCAUUGUGGCUUACAGCACUUGAUUACUUUAAAGAGCAAAGAUUUGAUUUGUGUGUCAUGCUGUUGCUCCCUCAAUUAGAACAUGGUCUAAGGAGAGUAUUUGCUUCCAUAAAUAACUGUCCACACAGAGUUCUAACGGCAGAAUCAACAGUAUUGUAUACAACAUUUGAUGAGAUUCUUGCACCAGUUUUACAAGAUGGCUCAGAAAACCUUUUGAGGCAGGAAUUAGGAGAUGCCCUCAUGGAAAUGUUGCUUGAUGUUCUUGUGCAUUCAGAGGGACCAAGAAUUAGAGACCACAUCAGCCAUGGUGAAGUGGAUCUGCACAAGAUUUCACAGCAGUUAGCCAAUCACAUUCUGUGCAUUUGUAUAGCAUUUGCUGGAUCAUAUUUGAACUCAGAUACCAGCAAUUUCCCAAUUACCACAAGGAUCUGUGAAGCAACAAAAUUUUACAAGUCCCUUUUUCAUCCUAUAUCCCUCUUAGCAAAGGUUGUACACAAUCUUGCUUUGUCAUUACUGAAGUGGAAAGAUCUACCAAAACCAUCUGGUGAAGAAUGUGGGGAGUUGGAUUGUGAGAGGAACAAAAGUGCUGCUCAUUUUCCAAAUGUGUCAAGAGCCCUCCAAGCUGUUAUUAUGAUAUCAACCAUUUUUACUGAAGAAAGUUUAACUAAAAUCUUACCUUGCCAAUUUGAUUUGGAUAACAUUGACACUUUUUUCCCAAGAUGUUUGCAAAUCUUGGACACUGCCUCAUUUCCUACUCUGUUCAGGUCCAAAGGAGAGCUAGAGAUAGCUAUGUUGUUACAUAGGAUUGUGCAACAUGGAACAGUAACAUUUGAGCAGAUAUGUGAAGUAGCGGCCAUGAGAUACAAACAGUGGAAGAAUAGAGAGCUCCGACAGCGGCAGAGAGCAAAUUAUAAACGUCUGUGGAACCACCUGCCCUUCAUAUGUGCCGUUCUGCAGCUGAUGGUGCUGGUUGUUAUUGAAGAAUUGCAUCAGCUUCCAAGGAGCUCGGAAAAUAGGCAUAGGAGUACAUUCAUCAAAUUCUUAAAGCGAUGUCUUCAAUGCAGUGAAAAUAUGGAGUCGUUAUCCAGUAAAUCUAAAAACAAAUGGGACGAAUGCUGUUCUGUAGGAGAAACUUUUGUGGAUUGUGUGCAAAGUUAUUAUACUGAACUUCGUCAUAAAUUGGAAUCAUGACGACCUUCGAAGCCUGCUUUACAGUAUAUUUAGCAUGUUCAUUCCAAACCUCGAUUAGGUAAUUAGUUGAUUUAGCAACAGACAAUUAAUAAUAAAAAAACGCGAAGAUGAACCAUACAGCGAACCUCGCACCACCUCGAAUAAACAUCUACCUUUAAGGUAGGAAAAGUUAAUAAGCGCCCAACCUCUUAUAGGCAGCCACCCCUCCCCUAUCUCACUAAAAAAAAGGAAAAAAACCUGAAGUGCACAAGAGGAGUAUUGAUUAUCAUCUCUCUACCGGCUUACAAUCUCUAAAUUCGCUGUAUGGUUCAUCUUCGCGUUUUUUUAUUAUUAAUUGUCUGUUGCUAAAUCAACUAAUUACUAGUGAAAUUAUUGAUAAUUGAAUAUUUGCCCGGCCACAAAUAUGUGUCUACCGCGGAUGAGCACCCACUUCCAAAGUCCUAGAAACUAGAACACCCAAGGCGCUUAAUCGAAUGAUAACGGUACUUAUGAGACAUUGAAAAAGAGAGUUGUAUGACAUCUUUGAUUAAUAAAAAAA